AUGGACUCCCACGACGCCCAUGAAUAUGUCACGAAUCUCGCCAACACGGCUGCCGAACAGUUCCAGAAAAUCCCCGGGUCAGCCAUCUUUCUCCGCUAUGUGAAGUCCAGUUACCAGAACGACCCCAUUCGGUCCGCCGUCGAGCUCUUCCUCGUGCUGUUCGCAAUCCGGUAUCUGCUGGCCCCCAAGUAUUCGACCAAGCCGAAUUAUGUGAAGUUGUCUGACGAGGAAAUCGACGAUUUAGUUGACGAAUGGACGCCGGAGCCUCUGGUCGGGAAGACGACGGCCUUUGAGGAUGCCGAACUGGAGAGGCGUCCCAUCAUCGUCGGACCGAGCGGCCCUCGAUCCAAACUGACCAAUGGUCGAACGGUGACAAACCUAGCCACGUACAAUUUCUACAACUUUGUUUCGAACGAGAAUCUCAAAGAGCGGGCCAUUCAAACAUUACGUACGUAUGGGGUUGGUCCCUGCGGUCCGCCUGGUUUCUACGGCACCCAGGAUGUGCACAUGAAGAUCGAAGCAGACAUUGCGGCCUUCCUUGGGACGACGGCAUGCAUCAUCUACGCUCAAGCCUUCUCCACGAUCUCCAGUGUCAUUCCGGCCUUCUCCAAGAGAGGGGAUAUCAUUGUGGCCGAUAAAGCGGUGAAUUAUGCCAUCCGCAAGGGGAUACAGAUUUCUAGGAGUGCAGUCAGAUGGUACGAACACAACGACAUGGAAGAUUUGCAGAGGGUACUGGCCAAGGUCACCAAAGAACAAGCCAAAAAGCCAUUGACAAGACGGUUCAUCAUCACCGAGGGCCUAUUCGAAAAUGUCGGUGACAUGGUUGAUUUGCCAAAGAUUAUUGAGCUGAAACUCAAAUACAAGUUCCGAUUGAUCCUCGAUGAGACGUGGUCAUUUGGCGUCCUGGGCCGGACUGGUCGAGGCGUGACGGAACACCAACACGUUGAUGCAGCAGAAGUGGAUAUGAUCGUCGGCUCAAUGGCAGGUCCUUUGUCGGCCGCAGGAGGCUUCUGCGCAGGUUCAGACGAAGUGGUGGAGCACCAGCGACUCUCCGCCGCCUCGUAUACCUUCUCAGCAGCGUUGCCAGCCAUGUCUGCCGUGACAGCAAGCGAGACUCUGAUGAUGUUGCAGACUCAGCCCGAUUUGUUCAUUCAAUUGAAAGAGAAUAUCAAGGUCAUGUGGCAACAGCUCGACCCGAGAAGCGACUGGGUGUACUGUACCAGCGCACCGGAGAAUCCAAUCAUGAUGCUAGUGCUAAAGCCUGAGGUGGUUUCAUCGCGAAGGUUGACAUUUGAGGACCAACAGCAACUGCUGCAGGAUAUUGUCGAUGAGUGCCUGUCACAGAACGUCCUAAUCACCCGUGUCAAGACACUCCCGGCCGGGCCUUCAGGCGCGAAGACAGAGAUUUUCACGCCUUCACCAGCCCUCAAGAUCUGUUUAACUGUUGGCCUGACCAAGAAAGAAAUUGAGAAGGCGGGCAUCACGAUUCGGCACGCGAUCACCAAGAUCCUUACGCGGAAACGGUGA